AUGAAUCUCAAUUCAUCAAGAGAUUCCAAGGUCAACCCCAGUCACCAAGAACAGCACAAGCAGACGGCGGGAGCGGAGGAACAGAGAUGGUAUAUCCCUCUGAACAGUUCUUUGCUAGCCGACAAUAUUGAUGAUAGGUCUUUUCAGGUCUUUAUUCUUGGGGUCAACUUCCCCGAACACCGUUUUGUAUGGAGGUCGCUCGAAACAUUUUUUGGCAUCGGUCCUGCCACCCGCGCCCGCAUCAUGUCGCGUUUUCACUUACACAAUACCGUUAAAGUCGGCGAGCUCACGCAGAAUCAAGUGCUCGACUUGACUGCUCACUUGGAUUCCAUGAAGAUUGAGAACCACUUGAGACGGCAAGUGCAGCAGGACAUCGCAAGGCUGAGAGACACUGGGACAUACCGGGGACGCAGACACGCGAUGAAUCUGCCUGUCAGGGGACAGAACACAAGGAGCCAGAUCAAAACGGCGCGGAAACUUAACAGAGCGGAGCGGUAUUAG